CAUGCUGAAGUUCACUUUGACGGGUUGGGGUAUUCCUCUUGUCAUUGUAAUUAUUGUGAUAUCCGUGGACAAAAACAACUAUGGUUUGAUUAAUUAUGGAAAACACACAAAUGACACUUCAGAUAACUUCUGCUGGCUGAGUAAUAACAUAGCCUUCUAUGUGGGUGUGGUGGCCUAUUUCCUCCUGAUCUUUAUCCUGUGCCUGCUGGCCUUCAUCGUUGUUAUGGGACAGCUUUCACGUAUCAAGAAGCAGAACCCCCACAACCAGUCUCCCAAAAGAAGUGUUAUGACUGAUCUGCGCAGUGUCACCGGCCUCGUCAUCAUCCUCGGCCUUACCUGGGGGUUUGCUCUGUUUGCAUGGGGACCCCUCUACUUACCCUUUGUUUACCUUUUUUCUAUAUUCAACUCUCUGCAAGGUUUCUUUGUCUUUGUUUUCCACUGCGCCAUAAAAGAGAAUGUCCGCAGGCAGUGGAGAACUUACCUUUGCUGUGGAAAACUGCGACUGGCUGAGAACUCAGAUUGGAGUCGAACAUUCACACAAAACAAGAAGAAUAUCUCUCGCUCCAGUGCAAUCACCUUGGAUCCAAAGUUCACUUCUCGAAGCUCCUCUGUUGUCAGUUAUGGCACCAAUAGCAGUGGCUCUGUGUUCGCGGACAGCGGGAUAUCUGACAGCUCCAACAAUGAUGUCGUCCUCAACGAGAUUCACAGAGGAAAUCUGGAACAAGGCAAAACUACCAAAUGACUCUACCUGAGCUUUCUUUUGUGAUUACACCCAAUUCCAAGAAAUGAUCUCUGGGAGUUUACAAGAUGCAAAUUGGAGGAGUCGUUUUCCUUAAGAAAGCCUUAAUGUUCCAAAAAAAAUGAAGGUUCGAUGAAGGACUAAAGAGGAUCAGGGACAAAGGAAACCUUUGUCUAAAUACCUUUAGAGAAGAAGAAAUCAAAAAGUGGAGAAUGUUUUCAAUUCUACACUAAUAGUAUAGAUAAUGAAAGAGUCUUGUUAGCAGAGAUAAGGUGUACUACUGAAACUGAAACAUUAUAUUGAACUGCAUUUACUUGGUAGCCGAGAACAGAUGCUGUCAGUAUUGUAUAGAUUAUUAUCUGGCUAUUUCUUUGAGGCUAUAUUCAUUUCUUGAACAGACAAAUGACGGAAUUUCCAGUCUCAACUCUACAUUUCAGUGCCUUUGCCAAAUUCUAAGUUUAUUCUGGCAGUGUCAAAUGGCACUUUGGAUGUAUUUAGCUACCUACAGAGACAAGGUUGAUUGAUGCAAAAUGUGCACAUGCCAAACUCAACUGCUUGAUCAUAUCAGAUAAAAGUUGAUAUCUGCAAGAUUAUCUAAGGGUGCAGUUCUGUGUUAAAUAUUGUAUUAUUCACUACAUUAUAGAGGUUUUUUUUUUUAAUUUGGUUCA